AUUUCCACGAACAAAAGAAGAGGAAGAAGAAGCAGAGCUAUGGGGAAAGAAGCUGAAAAUGUAAGAGCUUCAUCGUCGGAGGCGACGGCGGAGGGAGUCAACGCUGCCGAGUCGGAGUUCAAGCUCAAAGGAUUUAAGAACUUUGUUAGAACGAAUCCGAAAUCGGAUCGGUUUAAGGUUAAGCGGUUCCAUCACAUUGAGUACUGGUGUACGGAUGCUACGAACACCGCUCGGAGAUUUUCUUGGGGACUUGGUAUGCCGAUUGUGGCUAAGUCGGAUCUGUCCACUGGAAAUUUGACUCAUGCUUCUUAUCUCCUUCGUUCUGGCCUGCUUUGCUUUCUCUUCACCGCACCUUAUUCGCCUUCCAUUGCCGCUGCUGAAAACCUCAGUCCGGCUUCUACCGCUUCAAUCCCUAGUUUUGACCAUGCCGCCUGCCGCGCCUUCUCCGGCAGCCAUGGAUUAGGUGUUCGAGCAAUCUCUCUUGAGGUUGAGGACGCCGAGAUCGCCUUCAGAACUAGCGUCGCACAUGGUGCGAAACCUUCGUCUCCUCCUAUUGUUCUCGAUAAUCGCGCUGUUCUCUCGGAAGUUCAUUUGUACGGCGACGUUGUUUUGCGUUACAUUAGCUACAAAAACCCUGUUUCUGGCGAUGAUAGCGAGAAUAAACCAGACGAUUGGUUCUUGCCGAAAUUCGAGGCCAUGGAGGAGAUCGCUUCGUAUCCGCUGGACUUCGGGAUUCGUAGACUGGACCAUGCAGUCGGAAACGUGCCGGAGUUGGGACCGAUAGUAUCUUACUUGAAGGGAUUCACUGGAUUCCACGAGUUUGCAGAGUUCACAGCGGAGGAUGUGGGGACGAGCGAGAGCGGAUUGAACUCGGUGGUUCUGGCGAACAAUGAGGAAAUGGUUUUGCUACCAUUGAACGAGCCGGUUUACGGAACGAAGCGAAAGAGUCAAAUACAGACGUAUUUGGAGCACAACGAAGGAGCAGGAGUUCAGCACUUGGCAUUGGUGAGCGAGGACAUUUUCAGAACCUUGAGGGAGAUGAGGAAGCGAAGUGGCGUCGGCGGAUUCGAAUUCAUGCCGUCGCCACCGCCUACGUAUUACAAGAAUCUGAAGAGCAGGGCGGGAGAUGUGCUAACGGAUGAUCAAAUUAAGGAGUGUGAAGAAUUGGGGAUUCUGGUGGAUAGGGAUGACCAAGGAACUCUGCUUCAGAUCUUCACCAAACCUGUGGGAGAUAGGCCAACUAUAUUUAUUGAGAUAAUUCAGAGGGUGGGAUGCAUGAUGAAGAACGAAGAGGGGAAAGAAUAUCAGAAAGGAGGGUGUGGGGGCUUUGGAAAAGGCAACUUUUCGGAGCUCUUCAAAUCCAUUGAGGAAUACGAGAAGACUCUUGAAGCCAAACGAGUUGCAGAACCAACCCAUUCAGUCUAACAUCAAAGCCAAUGUAAUAUCUUCAUAAGGUACCAUACUCAAACAUAAAACAACAUGAAUCCGUUCAUCAGUUUCAUAAGUUUUCUAAAUAGUUCUUACUGUUUCUUAUCAUCUUACCGAAUAAUGUUGGGUCUGAAAGUAACUUAAAUUAACAAAAUCAGCUGUUUUCUGUUGAAUUCUUCAUCUGA